AUGAUCACUUGUACCGAUAGUAAGGAUGUUCUAUCUGAUAAAAUGUCUAGACUAAUUGUUAUACAACUGCUUAAUAGAAAUCAAGUCAAUGAGCAAACUUUGAAGCAUGAACUUUCUAGACCUAUUUCUUCAGUAGCAUCAGUUAAACUACAUGAUGAGUUCAUCUUAAAUAACACAAUUGAGGGCUCUACACAGAGAUUAGCUUAUUGGAUUGAUGAGGCUAUAAGAAUGGGUCUAAAAGAAAUCUUAUGCUUAUAUCAUUAUUCCCUUGAGUUUGAAGAAAA